GGAAUCGGGAGUUUCUGGAUUCUUUAUCCGGUAUUUUAAGGACUGCCGCAGGGUUGUCGCUUCUGCAGUGUUCGGGAGCGGCUGGGGCGGUAGAGUCGGCGGCUGCGGUGGCGUGGAGACAAAGAAAGCCUGAAUUUUGUGAAAAACCAAAGAGAAACCGAGAGUAGAAAAGGUCUUUAAUUUGCAUAAUAUUUCCUUCAUGGAUACUUUUUCAUAGCACUGUUGUGUGAUGUGAGAAGUAUUUUUUUUUUCUUUUUGAAGUAACAUGGAUUUUAUACUACAAAAUCAAGAGAAUUGGCUUUAUAGGAAAAUUUGAUUUAUAAAAAGUAGUGUAGGUAUUUUAUAGAUAACCAUGACAACAUCCCAUAUGAAUGGGCAUGUUACAGAGGAAUCAGACAGCGAAGUAAAAAAUGUUGAUCUUGCAUCACCAGAGGAACAUCAGAAGCACCGAGAGAUGGCUGUUGACUGCCCGGGAGAUUUGGGCACCAGGAUGAUGCCUGUACGUCGAAGUACACAGUUGGAGCGUAUUCGGCAACAGCAGGAAGACAUGAGGCGUAGGCGAGAGGAAGAAGGGAAAAAACAAGAACUUGACCUUAAUUCUUCUAUGAGACUUAAGAAACUAGCCCAGAUUCCUCCAAAGACUGGAAUAGACAACCCUAUAUUUGAUACAGAAGAAGGAAUUGUCUUAGAAAGUCCUCAUUAUGCUGUGAAAAUAUUAGAAGUGGAAGACUUGUUUUCUUCACUUAAACAUAUCCAACAUACUUUGGUAGAUUCUCAGAGCCAGGAGGAUAUUUCACUACUUUUACAACUUGUACAAAAUAAAGAUUUCCAGAAUGCCUUUAAGAUACAUAAUGCUGUCACAGUACACAUGAACAAGGCCAGUCCUCCAUUUCCUCUUAUCUCCAGUGCACAGGAUCUUGCACAAGAGGUACAGACUGUUUUGAAGCCAAUUCAUCAGAAGGAAGGACAAGAAUUAACUGCUUUGCUAAAUGCCCCACAUAUUCAGGCACUUCUAUUGGCCCAUGAUAAGGUUGCUGAGCAGGAAAUGCAACUAGAGCCCAUUACAGAUGAGAGAGUUUAUGAAAGCAUUGGCCAGUAUGCAGGAGAAACUGUAAAAAUAGUUCGUAUAGAAAAGGCUCGUGAUAUUCCAUUGGGUGCUACAGUUCGUAAUGAAAUGGAUUCUGUCAUCAUUAGUCGGAUAGUGAAAGGAGGUGCUGCAGAGAAAAGUGGUCUGUUACAUGAAGGAGAUGAAGUUCUGGAGAUAAAUGGCAUUGAAAUUCGGGGAAAAGACGUCAAUGAGGUUUUUGACUUGUUGUCUGAUAUGCAUGGUACUUUGACAUUUGUUCUGAUUCCCAGUCAACAGAUCAAGCCACCUCCUGCCAAAGAAACUGUGAUCCAUGUUAAAGCUCAUUUUGACUAUGACCCCUCAGAUGACCCAUACGUUCCAUGUCGAGAGUUAGGUCUGUCUUUUCAAAAGGGGGAUAUACUUCAUGUGAUUAGCCAAGAAGAUCCAAAUUGGUGGCAAGCCUACAGAGAAGGGGAUGAAGAUAAUCAGCCUCUAGCUGGGCUGGUUCCAGGGAAAAGCUUUCAGCAGCAAAGGGAAGCCAUGAAACAAACCAUAGAAGAAGAUAAGGAGCCAGAAAAAUCAGGAAAACUAUGGUGUGCAAAGAAGAAUAAAAAGAAGAGGAAAAAGGUUUUAUAUAAUGCCAAUAAAAAUGAUGAUUAUGACAAUGAGGAGAUCUUAACUUAUGAGGAAAUGUCACUUUAUCAUCAACCAGCAAAUAGGAAAAGACCCAUCAUCUUGAUUGGUCCACAGAACUGUGGCCAGAAUGAGUUGCGUCAGAGGCUCAUGAACAAAGAAAAAGACCGCUUUGCAUCUGCAGUUCCUCAUACAACUCGGAGUAGGAGAGACCAUGAAGUAGCUGGUAGAGACUACCAUUUUGUUUCACGGCAAGCAUUCGAGGCAGAUGUAGCAUCUGGAAAGUUCAUUGAGCAUGGUGAAUUUGAGAAAAAUUUAUAUGGAACCAGCAUAGAUUCUGUACGGCAGGUGGUCAACUCUGGCAAAAUAUGUCUUUUAAGUCUUCGAACACAGUCAUUGAAGACCCUACGGAAUUCAGACUUGAAACCAUAUAUUAUCUUCAUUGCACCCCCUUCCCAAGAAAGACUUCGGGCAUUAUUGGCCAAAGAGGGCAAGAAUCCAAAGCCUGAAGAGUUGAGAGAAAUCAUUGAGAAGACUAGAGAGAUGGAGCAGAACAGUGGCCACUACUUUGACACAGCAAUUGUGAAUUCAGAUCUUGAUAAAGCCUAUCAGGAGUUGCUUAGAUUAAUUAAUAAACUUGAUACUGAACCUCAGUGGGUUCCAUCCACUUGGUUGAGGUGAAGGAAAAAUCCACUUAAAGGCAAGACUGGACUUACCUGGCAAAUUGCCAAUAGGAAGAUAGCCCUGAUACAUCAAGAAAAUUCUUGAGUCAAGGUGGCAGGCAGUAUAUAAGCUGUAGACCAGUUCUUAGAUAUCAUAAAUUAGAAGAAAGUCCCUUUAGGCAAUUUGUGCACAGCAUUCUUUAUGCAUGGCUUUUGGGGGUCUUGCCGCAUUUGGGGAUUCCUAAAUGGAACCUUUUAACAGAGCAGUUCCAUUUUAUCCAUGUAAUAAUCAUUUAAUUCUGCUUUCACCUAAAUCUUUUUUUACCUAGUCAUAUUUCCAUUAAAAACUUGUGUGUAUGUACAUAACGGUCCAUAUCUCACAUGGUUAUAAAUAUUCACGUUACUUAAAUGACUUCAUGGGAGCCUUUGGGGGACUUUUUGCUCUUCUAUGCACUGUACAAGAUAGUAUUUCCUUAGGAGAUUGGUUUAGUCAUUAGAAAUACUUUUCUAAAAAGAAAAGACAAAGCAAAACGGUGCCACUUUGGUCUGAAGCUGCUUAUCUGUAUGCCUUUAAAUUCUAAAAAAAACAUUCCAGUAGAAGCACGAGUUUUUCACCUCAUUGUGGAUCGGACUUCAUUGCAUACUUAGCAGACUGAUUUAGUGAAAGGUAUUACAGCAUGUGCUGAUGUUCUUUAAGAUGUAAUGAUUUUCUGAACUCUGUUUUUCUUAAAUUGUCUCAACUGAUUUGAUGACCUCUCUUCCUUUCUCUGAUAUUAGUACAAUAGAAUAUAUAAGUUAACCUUUUUAUGAAUGGUGGACAUCAGAUAAACUGUUAACUGUAUUUCCUCAUGAUGCAAAGUUUUUUUUUUUUUUAUGCAUGGGAGGAUAAAGCACAUUUGACAGUUUCUGCAUUUUUAUAUAUGAGCAUAGUAUAAUCCUGUGACUGUGCUAUAUAUAGCUAAUAAACUGGAACUCUGUUGAUGACUAUAGCUGCUGUACUGUAUACUAAUGUUUAACAGAUGGAUAAAUGAUCAUUGAUAACAUUUGCUCAGCAUUGGAAUAAAAUUAUAUAUAUCCUAGGGAAAUACUAUGACAUUGGACUUGGAGAUCAGAAUGAAAACCUGACAGUCCUUUGAACAUUUUAGGAAAAAAAUACUGGAAGAAGAAAAAGAGUUAAGCAUGUAGAAACAGGUUUUUUUCUUAACAAGUUCUUCUUCUUGUGAUCAGAACAUCACAGAUUGCUAAAUCAUAAAUGUUUAAACUAAUGGGAUUUUUAUACUGACUCCAUAGCUGUAGCUAAAAAUGCACCUUCUGAAAUUGGCUUGGAAAUUUAGUCUUUUCAAGCCUUUAGGGAGUGUAACAAACAACCUCAAAUGUGAAUGUCUUGGUUUUCUUUUUAUGAUGACUUUAUCUACAGCAUUUCCUGUUUCCAAAGCAAAACACUGGAAUAAUACUUACUUGUCUUUUAAUUUAACAUAAGCAUUUGUUUUAAUGAGUAAUUUUUUCUCAGUGUCAUGUAUAUAUUUGAUUUUUCUCUUCUAUGUUAAUUUUAUUUGAACAAACGUGCACAGUUUAUACGUUGUCUUUUUCUGUUCAAGUUUGCAUGGCUACUAAGUUGGCUGGGGAGUGUCUCUUGUGUAAAAUAUUUUCAACAUAAUAUUCCUUGGGAAGCAAGUAACAUUCCUGGGUUUUAAGGGAAGGAAUGCUAUACAUAGUAUCCCUUCAUCUGUAACACUCCAGCUUAUAGCAACCAAAUGCAAAUGUCACACUGAUUUUCAGCAUUGAAAGCCAGGGAAUGUACUUAGCACUUACUAACUCCUCAGUUUUCCAGUUUACUUUAUCCUUGGGAAUGAAAGGUAGUCUUAUCAUAGAUGAUAGAGUUUUGUGAUUUGCUUAUCUUAACUGGACAACUAUUUUUAACCCUAACAGACACCUAAAAUGUUGAUAGUUCAUAGAAAUUAGAAUAUAGUUUUAUGUAGUGUCAGUGAUGGACUGUUGUGCGAGGCCCUGACUUAGCCUGAAGACAGUAGGGGCCACAGUGCUGUACCAGGGCGCUGUGUUAUCAAGGUUCACACAUGUGGCUUUUAACAAGCAGAUACUGUAACAAGGCACAAGCCAUAUCAUGUACUUUUAGGAACCCUUAAAGGUGAUGAGAUGUUUUGGGUAUUGGUGAAGUCCUAUUGUUCUCUCCUUUCUCAUCAGCAAUGAUGGGGGAUACAAAUGUUUAUUCCCAGAACUUUUCCCAAUCCUAGUGAUAUGACUGUGCUGAUAUGCACCACAAUCCCUAUACAAAGUGAAGCCUGAGUAAUUGCUGGCUUCCUGGAAAGAAUGUGGAAAAAAACCUUGCUACAGCUUAGUUGUCCAGCCACUAUGACCAAAUUCCAUUUCCUGUCUCAGUGUGGUUCUGAUUUAAGACCCAGUAUGUCAGAGGUAAUCAUCUUAACAAAUUAUACCAAUAGCUAGUGAAAUGUACACAGAAAAUAAGGAAAUAAGUUCUUUUAUUAAGUAUUCGUAAGUCAGGAUGAACAAGAAUAGUAUUUAGACUAAUCCAGAUUUGCGUUCUAUGAAAAUCUAAAAUCUGGAUUGUUUUCCUUUUUUCUUGGUCUAAGGAACAAGUAUUGAUAAGGAAUAAUUUGAAUGUAAUUUUGUGAAUGUGUGUGGAAAAUACAAACCAGAGAUUCAGCCUGAACAAAAGUAAUCUUUCUGAAGGCUUGUUAAUCCCCCUUUGUCCUCUCUUAUCCUGUAUCUGCACUCUUAUUUUAAGAUGUCAUACUGUACACUGUAUUAUAAAAAUAAAAAGUAAAAUUAUAUUUAAAAUUUAAAAAGCCA